AUGAAGUCGCUCGCUGUACUUGCGGUGUACUUGAUCGGGUCGUCUCGGCAGGCAGCUGUGAGCAGCCGGCAAGCCAACAAUGCGAAUCUCCCUCCUCUCAAGUUCAACGCGGACGGGAAGUUUCAAAUCACAAUCUUCUCUGACAUGCAUUUCGGCAUGUAUUCUUGGCUUCCGCGUGGCCAAAAGGAAGACAAAAAGACCACCAAGGUCAUGAACGACAUCCUCGACUAUGAGCGCCCUGAUCUUGUCGUGAUGAACGGCGACCUCAUCAACGGCGACGGCACCUUUGCUCACAACAGUACCCAUUAUAUCGACCAGAUUGUCAAGCCCAUGGUAGAUCGCAAACUCACAUGGGCUUCCACCUACGGCAAUCACGACCACCAGCUCAACCUCCCAGCAAAAGGUGUUUUCGAGCGUGAGCAUCUAUGGCCAGGCUCUCGUACGCGCAGAAUGGUCCCUGGUCUGGCCGCUGGCGUGUCAAACUACUACCUCCCAGUGUACCCAGCAACUUGCGACCCCGAGAAGGACGGAGACAAGUGCGCCCCGGAACUCCUCCUGUGGUUCUUCGACAGCCGCGGUGGGUACUACCACAGCAGUGUGGAAAAGACCCGCACUCCUCAGCCCAACUGGGUCGACGCAUCCGUAGUGGAGUGGUUCAGGAAGACAAACGCCGAGUUGAAGUGCCGGUACCGCAAGAUCAUUCCCUCACUUGCCUUUUCCCACAUCCCCAUCAACGCCACAGACGCCGUUCAGAAGCACUGGGAUCCGCGACGCCAUCCAGGUAUCAACGACGAAGUCGGUGUCGCCAUGCAGGGCCAGGGAUGGUGCCCUGAAGGAAAGCAUGACUGGCCGCGCUGCAAGUAUGGCGGUCAGGAUGUUCCCUUUAUGCAGGCUCUUUCAAAGACGAAGGGUAUGAUGGGAUUGUUCUAUGGCCACGACCACGGAAACACCUGGUGCUACAAAUGGAACGGUGAUAUUGCAGGCAUGCCGGUGCCAGGCAACGGCAUGAACCUCUGCUUUGGCCAGCACACAGGCUACGGGGGCUACGGCGACUGGAUCCGCGGCGCCCGCGAGCUCGUCAUAUCCCAGGACAAGCUCAAGGAUCGUGUGUUUGAGUCCCACAUGAGGCUAGAGUCGGGCGAAGUGGUGGGCUCAAUCACGCUCAACGCCACCUACAAUCACGACAUUUACCCCGCCACUCCCAAUCAGAAGACUUACUUGUGA